AUGGCCAAGAGCCGCGGCGGCCAAGCAGCAGCAGCAGCCGGAGGAGGAGGCGUCGCGUUGGCCUCCGCGGCGGGGAUGGCGGCGCUGCCGCCGCCCGACGCGGCCUCGGAGGCGGCCGAGAUGGACGCGCAGCUGCGGCGGGACAGCGAGUCGCGCAGCUCGGUGGGCGGCGAGGAGCGGCGCGUCGACAAGUUCGGCUUCCUGGUGUCCGAGGACGACGCUCCUGCCAGGGAGGCCCUGCUCGAGGAGGUGCCACUGGAGAAGCUAAGGGAGAGGGAAUCCAAGUGGUUGGAUAUGCUCAACAACUGGGACAAGUGGAUGGCUAAGAAGCACAAAAAGAUCCGGCUGAGAUGCCAGAAGGGGAUCCCACCAUCUUUGCGGGGUCGGGCAUGGCAGUACCUCUCAGGAGGCAAAGUCAAGUUGGAGCAGAAUCCUGGCAAGUUUGAUGAGCUGGAUGAGGCCCCAGGGGAUCCCAAGUGGCUGGAUGUAAUUGAACGAGAUCUCCAUAGGCAGUUUCCAUUCCAUGAAAUGUUUGUUGCGCGUGGAGGCCACGGGCAACAAGACCUGUUCCGUGUCCUGAAGGCCUACACGCUGUACCGGCCGGAGGAGGGCUACUGCCAGGCUCAGGCUCCGAUUGCUGCCGUCUUGCUGAUGCAUAUGCCUGCAGAGCAAGCUUUCUGGUGCCUUGUGCAGAUCUGCGAGAAGUAUCUUCCUGGCUACUACAGCGAGAAGUUGGAGGCUAUCCAGCUGGACGGGGAGAUCCUCUUCUCACUGCUGAACAGGGUCUCACCUAUGGCUUACAAACACCUGAGCAAGCAGAAGAUCGACCCCAUCCUGUACAUGACAGAGUGGUUCAUGUGUGCGUUCUCCAGGACCUUGCCGUGGAGCUCUGUGUUACGUGUCUGGGAUAUGUUUUUCUGUGAAGGGGUUAAGAUCGUUUUCCGGGUGGGCCUCGUGCUGCUGAAACACACUCUGGGUUCUUCUGAGGAGCUCAAAUCGUGUCAGGGGCAGUAUGAGACUAUGGAGCGGCUGCGGGCACUGAACCCCAAGAUCAUGCAGGAGGCCUUCCUUGUGCAAGAGAUCAUAGAGUUGCCAGUGACUGAGCGCCACAUAGAGCGAGAGCACCUUAUCCAGCUGAAGAAAUGGAAGGAGACCCACGGGGAUUUGCAGUGCAAAUCCCCUCCGCGUUUCCACGGCGCCAAAGCCAUCAGUGACUCGGAGCCUUACCCCCGCAAGGCCUUGGAGCCCUCUCCCUCCAUCAUCCUCCCCCCUGACUCCGUGCCCUUGCCCAAGGGCCGCAAGAGCAAAUUGCCAAAGGGAGACAAGAAACGGGACCGAGGAAAGGGCCACCUGGCCAACGGGCCCAUCCCUGAAGAGAACGGGACUCAGAGUUCCCUGGAGCCGGAGCCCUCUUCCCUCCACCAGUCCAAGGAGAGCCUCAGUUCGCAGGAGAGCGAGGACACCUACCUGUAAACAUGACGGCUGCACA